AUGGCCGACCACACGUCUCCUGAUUAUUUCAGCUGCUCCCUGUGUCAGAGUCUCCUCAGGGACCCCGUGGCCAUCCCCUGUGGCCACAGCUUUUGCAUGGACUGCAUCGACGGCUACUGGAACGAAGCGGACUACACCGGGAUCUACAUCUGUCCCCAGUGCAAGAUCACGUUCACCCAGAGGCCCGUGCUGCGACCCAAUGCCACCCUCACCAUGGUGGCCGAGAAGAUCAAGAAGAGCGGCCUGAACGUCAACUUGAGCGUGUCGCAGGCGAAUGUCUACGCGGGGACCAACGACGUGCCCUGCGACUUCUGCACAGGGAAGAAACUCAAGGCAGUUAAGUCGUGCCUGAAUUGCCUGGCGUCGUACUGCGAGAAGCACCUGAGGCCGCACUAUGAGUCGGCCACAUUCAAGAGGCACAAGCUGGUGGACGAGCUGGGGAACCUAGACAGGAAGAUCUGCCCGCAACACCAGAAAUCCCUGGAGCUCUUCUGCCGGACGGACCAGAUGUGCAUCUGUGCCAUCUGCACCGUCAGCGAACACAGAGGCCAUGACAUCGUGUCCGCCGAGGCAGAGAGGGGCGAGAAGCAGAAACUGUUGGGUGUUUCCCAAGCUGAGAUUAGGCAAAAAUGCCAGGAAAGGGUAAAGGAGCUGGAGGAACUCAAGACUGCUGUGGAUUCACUUAAGAACUCAGCCCAGAGAGCAAUGGUGGAGAGCCAGAAGAUGUUUGAGGACAUGAUUCGCUCCAUCGAGAGGAUGAGGUCGGAGGUGACCAAGCUGAUCGGCAUCAACGAGAAGGCGGCUUUCAACCAGGCCGAAGCUUUGAUCGAGCGACUGGAGCAGGAGAUCGACGAGCUCAAGAAGAAGGAGACCGGCCUCAAGCAGCUCUACAGCACCGAAGACCACAUCCAUUUUCUGCAGAACUUUAACUACCUGUGCACGCCGACCGAUGAUGGCUUCAUUCCCAAGGUGACCGUCAACCCCGACUUCUCCUUUGCCGCCGUCAGGAAGGCUGUGGGGGAGAUAAAAGAGCGCCUCGAGGAAUUCGGCAGGGAGGAGCUGCUCAAAAUUUCCAAAACAGUGAAUGAGGUCCCAGUCUACACGACGGAGAGCCGGACAUUGGACAGAAGGAGCAGAGGUAAAGAAAUGAAAAUGACGGUGGACAAUACUCCUCCUCCAGAGCCAAAGACCAAAGCCGAUUUUAUCAAAUACUUCUGCCAGCUGAAGCUGGACCCCAUCACCGCCUACAAAGAGCUCUACAUCUCCGAGGGCAGCAGAAAGGUCAUCCGCACCAGAGACCUGCAGCCCUACAGCGACAGCCCUGAGAGGUUCGACAGCUUCGCCCAGGUGCUGUGCCGCGAGGCCCUGUCUGGCGGUCGCUUCUACUGGGAAAUCGAGUGGAGCGGGGAGUUCUCCAUCGGCGUGGCCUACAGGAGCAUCAGCCGGAAGGGCAAGGGCUCGCUGUGCCUGCUGGGAUACAACGACAAGUCCUGGAGCCUCCUCUGCUCCGACACGGGAUAUUCCGCCUGGCACAACCGGGUGGACAAAGCCGUCAACGGGCCGCACUCACCCAGGAUAGGCGUGUACCUGGACCACACGGCGGGGGUGCUGGCGUUUUACAGCAUAGGCAGCAGCUCCAUGACGCUCCUGCACAGGUUUCAGACCACGUUUGUCGAGCCCGUCUAUCCGGGCUUCGGAGUCGGAACGUCUGUGAAGAUCUGCAACGUCAAGUGAACUCUGAUGUCUGAGCCUCUGAACAAAUCCACGUUUUGUUUUGUAUAGCAUACAGCAUCAAAGUGUGUAUUUUUACAGGAAUGUAUAAUUAUAGCAAAACCACAUUAAUGGAGUUCUACUAGUUAUGUUUAAAGGAGGAUGUGUGUAUUUUUUUUAAAA